AUGUAUAGCAUGAUGAUGGAGGCGGACAUGCACUCGCCCGGUGGAGCCCAGGUCACCACCAACCUUUCGGGCCAAACCGGUGCGGGAGGAGGAGGAGGAGGCGGCGGCGGCGGCGGAGGACCCAAGGCCAACCAAGACCGAGUCAAGAGGCCCAUGAACGCCUUCAUGGUUUGGUCGCGGGGCCAGCGGCGGAAGAUGGCCCAAGAGAACCCCAAGAUGCACAACUCCGAGAUCUCCAAGCGCCUGGGCGCGGAGUGGAAAGUCAUGUCCGAAGCGGAGAAGAGACCCUUCAUCGACGAGGCCAAGCGCCUACGGGCGCUGCACAUGAAGGAGCACCCGGAUUAUAAAUACCGGCCGAGGAGAAAGACCAAGACUUUGCUAAAGAAAGACAAAUAUUCGCUGGCCGGCGGGCUGCUAGGAGCCGGUGGUCCCGGCGGCGGCCCUCCGGUAGCCAUGGGCGUAGGAGUGAGCCCCGCCGGCGUCCAACGCUUGGAGAGUCCCGGCGGAGGUGGCCCCGGGGGUGGCGGGAACGCCGGCGGCGGUGGCGGAGGCUCAGGCGGCGGCUACCCGCACAUGAACGGCUGGGCUAACGGCGCGUACCCGGGCUCGGUGGCGGCGGCAGCGGCGGCGAUGAUGCAAGAGGCACAGCUCGCUUACAGCCAGCACCCAGGCAGUGGUGGCCACCCGCACGCCCACGCUCAUCACCCGCACCCGCACAAUCCCCAGCCGAUGCACCGCUACGACAUGGGCGCCCUCCAGUACAGCCCCAUCUCCAACUCGCAGGGCUACAUGAGCGCCUCGCCGUCGGCCUAUGGCGGUAUCUACGGCGCCCAAUCACACCAGAACUCGGCUGCUGCAGCCGCCGCGGCUGCCGCAGCUGCCGCGGCCGCCUCGUCAGGAGCUCUGGGCGCGCUGGGGUCCUUGGUGAAAUCCGAGCCUAGCGUGAGCCCUCCCGUCACCUCAGCGCACUCACGGGCCCCUUGUCCUGGGGAUCUGCGCGAAAUGAUCAGUAUGUACUUGCCCGGCAGCGAAGGCGGGGACCCAGCAGCCGCCGCAGCCGCCGCUGCAGCCGCCGCCGCUGCCCAAAGCCGGCUCCACUCUUUACCCCAGCACUAUCAGGGCACCGGCGCAGGGGUGAACGGCACCGUGCCCUUGACGCACAUCUGA